AUGGCCUCUUUGGUACCUGAAAAUUGGUCAUGCAUGAAUGGCCCUAAUCAUGACUUCCAUAACAUGGAAGUCUCAGAAGUGGAAACUACCCUUCUCAUCUCACUACUUGAUGAAUCACAAGGUGACGAUAUUUGUGACGAUGAAAGAUUAAGGAGUGUAAUUCAAUCUCUGGAAGUUGAGAUCGGUCCUCAAAUGGUCGACGAUGUUCAUAACUCAUUUGUGGAUCCUUCUUACUAUACCAAUAUGGCAUUGGAAGAGGGUUGCCCAUUGUCCGAGGGUGGGGUACACGCGGACGGUCAGGAUUGUUCCUCAUCUUGUGAUCUUGAUCAUACCUAUUGGAUGGAUAUGGAGAUGAUGCUUUCCUCACCUAGUGAUUGCAUGAUCAAUUGGUAUUUGGACUCCUAUGGAGAGGAUAUGGAGGGUAUGGGUAUAUUUGAGUUUGGUGUUAGAGAUUGUUUUUCUUUUAGUUACUAUGGAAAUUGUAUAGAGGACCAUGAGUAUGGUUCUUUGUGGCAAGAUACAAAUGAUUCAGAGAUGGACAGCUAA